GGGCAGUAUCCUGCUCCCAAGCAUGGUCAUGACCUGGAUUUAAUUCUCAGGUCUCAGACACAGUCUUUGACUCGUUACCGAAGCUCAAUCAAACUUGACCACACGCACAUCAGCCGUUGCGCUAUUAUACCAAGAGCCUCGCGGCUGUCCAAUCAGACCCGAAUACACCCUGUGAUCCAGCUCGACUCGUCUCCUGAUGAUUCUGAACACAUUGCUCUUCCCAUAUCCGGCAUACCAUUGAGAACCCUCUUGGGACCUUCAGCUUUGGAUCCUAGCGCUGUCACUGGAGAUUCACUCCCUGGCUGUCAACUUGUUCCUUCUGCGGAUCAUCCGUCUGCGCGUCGGCCCUUACGUACUGCCGGGUCUGACAGUCACGUCAAUGCCUCAGCCAUCCGACGUACUUGAAUGAUGUCGGUCGCCACGGAGACCCUUCAUCAAACCAGCAGUAAAGUCCAUUUCAUUACCGCAAUGUCAGAGUCUGGCAGUGAAGCAAGCAAGGUAGCAAAGAAGAGGGAAUAUAACCGCAAUGCCCAGCGAGUCUUUCGGCAACGGCGCAAGGAACACUUGAGCAAGCUCGAAGCGGCACAACGUGAAUUGAAUAGUUUCCAAGUGGAAGAGGUCGAGCGGCUCCGUCAGGAAAACCAGCUACUUGCACAAGAGAACGAAGCUCUGAAGGCGACUUAUGGCUCACAGGCCAACUCUCCGGGACCGUCGAUCACUCCUGUCGAACUCAGAGCAUCGCCCUCAGGAUACAUAAACUACGGAGCACCUCCUACUGGCUAUCUCGGUCCGGUAACAGCCAAUUCCUCUUAUAUACCCGUUGCGGGCCCGUCAGGACUUCCUCCGCCGACCUCAACUCCCCUGUCAAGCGCAAGCACAGACCCAAGCAAUCUAGUUGUGGUCGUCCCUUUCAAUAUCAGCGAAAUCCGACAGUCGCUGCACCAGAUGUUUGCUCCCGUUCUGGAAAUACCGGUCAUCUCAAACCCGCAGACACACUUGGCUACUCUAGCAGCCCUCGAGCCAACCUUACCACCAUCCUUGAAACCUACACCGUUACAACUUUCCACCCCUCAUCACGCAUAUAUAGACAUGAUACCUUCACCCGCCCUCAGAAACCAAUUAAUCACGGUUGGUCCGGCAAACUCCAAUUCUUUUCUCACCGAAGCAUGUACCAUCGCAUGCGAUAUUGAAGACACUGGACAAAUGAUCGUAUGGGGUGAAGACUGGUUGAACGACUUCUCCUGGGAAUUUUCUCCCGCCGUCUUUGAACGAUGGGGAAGCUUCGUUCUUGGUCCCGAAUGGGUCCAACGUGCAAACUUCUGGCGACGACAGAGAGGAGCACCACUUUUGCCCUUGCCAGUUUAUGAUUGACGAGAUAUGGAGGAACUCAUGCCUAUUUUCCAACAAGAAAGGCCUUGUCGAUCCUUGAGGAGGCCAUCAGACCAGAAGCUUUCUCGAAAGACGACACUCGAGGGAAUAUUUAUGCCAGGAAUAAGUCAGUUGGAUGAACGAUUACGGACCCACGUCUAUCCCAGCGACGUGUCGAAGUGGCGAUGUCCCCGACAGCGUCGUGGAAGGACGAGGUUCAAUCUAACAACAGGAAUAGAGAAGGCGCGGGUCGUCUCCUCGGAACUACUGAUUUCCUUCACCACCAUCUGUCCAUUGUUGUGGGUUAAUGUCUACGUUAUGAUCAUGUACUAUGAUUCCGCCUCUUGCUUUUUGUUUUCACUUCCUUGCUCUGUUACGCUGGGGGACGAGUCAUUGGCCCAAAGAGAGGUCGAAGACGACAG